GCAUGUGACAAAAGUGGGUUGUUAAUAUGAUUCAUUUUUCUGGGGCUUAGUUUUUUCCCCCUCUCUCUUUUUCUCUUGCUAAAGAACAAAAAAGUGAGUUUCUAGCAGCUUAUUUAUAGCCUUUUCUUGAUGAAGUGACUGUGUGUGUGUGAAUUCUCUCUCCUACAGAGAGAGAAGGGAAGUUUGAAGAAGCUUGUCUCUCCAUCACCAAGAGUGAGAGGGAAAGAAAAAGGGAGCGAUUAGUUUUCCUCGAUUAGGAUGAAUGAGAAUGGCCGGAGUGUCGAGCCUGCAACGACAGGGACCUCAUCGAGGGAGAAUGGAGGCUCCCGUGGCCAAGAACUGCCCGGUGCAGGGCAGAAGGAUGUUAAGUGCUCUGCCCGGAAGAAGAAGUCUUUGAGGGCUCGUUAUGCUUACGGUGUCGUGUUUCUAUUGACGAAUAUUAUAGCUUGGCUCUUCAGGGAUUAUGGUGAAAGGAUUUUGCCUAUGCUGCCUUACUCAAGAGCAUGCGGGGCGCAGGAAAGAGAAUGUUACCAUACAAUGGGAGUGCUUCGUGUCAGUUUAGGAUGCUUCAUAUUCUUCUUCCUAAUGUUUCUGACGACAUGUAACACCAGCAAAUUGUAUCAAGUACGAGCAGCAUGGCACUCCGGAUGGUGGGGUUUGAAGUCCGUUAUGCUGCUUAUCUCCUUCGUGAUUCCCUUCUUCAUUCCCUCGGACUAUAUUCAACUAUACGGUGAACUCGCUCGUGUUGGUGCAGGGAUUUUUUUAAUUCUCCAGCUCAUUAGUGUGAUUGAAUUUAUCACCUGGUGGAACAACUAUUGGAUGUCCGACGACAAAAAGAAAUCUAGCUGUUCCAUUGGGCUAUUCAUGUCAACAGUAUUCUACAUCGCGUCUGUCUGUGGGAUCGCUGUGAUGUACGUGCUCUACGCCUCAAAGAUGUCGUGCACUCUCAACAUAUUCUUCAUCACAUGGACCGGAGUUCUGCUCAUAGUGAUGAUGGUCAUAUCGUUGCAUUCUAAGGUGAACAGAGGCUUGCUGUCUUCAGGGAUUAUGGCUUCUUACAUUGUUUUCCUCUGCUGGACUGCUAUAAGAAGUGAGCCUGGCACUGAGAAAUGCAGCCAUCAGGAAGAAAGUGGACAUAUUGGUUGGCCUACAAUAGUUGGAUUUGUCAUUGCUCUAUGUGCAAUUGUGAUUGCCACAUUUUCAACGGGGAUCGACUCAGAAUCAUUCCAGUUCCGUAAGGAUGAAGCUCAUCAGGAAGAAGAUGAUCUUCCAUACGGGUAUGGAUUCUUCCACCUCGUGUUCUCGUUGGGGGCGAUGUAUUUUGCAAUGCUAUUCAUAAGUUGGAAUUUGGGGAGCUUGACAAGAAAAUGGAGUAUUGAUGUGGGGUGGGCUAGUACAUGGGUGAAGAUUGUGAACGAGUGGUUUGCAGCCACAAUAUACAUGUGGAAGCUGAUAUUUCCAACGUUGAAGCAAACCAAAGUAAUGAACCAUGAAGAGGAGACUACAGAGCAAGUGUAGAUAAAUAUGUUGGGAGUAUGAAUUUUGAUACACAAUGUAAUGUAGCUAUAUAUAUGUGUAUGUUGGAACUUUAUAUAUACACACAUGCAAAUAUAUAGUAUAUUGUUUCUCAUUUCUUUA